AUGCCUAUUGACUAUUCCAAAUGGGACAAAAUCCAACUUUCCGAUGAUUCUGAUAUCGAAGUUCAUCCUAACGUUGACAAGCGCUCCUUCAUUAGGUGGAAACAGCAGAGUAUUCACGAGGAGCGCGCGAAGAGAAAUCAAGAUAUCAAAAAUCUGGAGUUUCAAGUUGAGAUGAACUCUAGACUUAAUCAGAGAGUAGACAAAAUGACCAGACAAUUGACGGACGAAGACUUGCUGAGCAGAGAUACAGUACGAAAGUUCUUGAAUGCAAACUUCGACAAAAAUGAAAAGGGUGAAGGCGAGAACGUUGACCCAGAUAUGCCUCCCUACAACGAGAUGGUGGAAGACCUUUUCGAUCAACUAGAAAUCAAUGCGAAGAAAGUAAACAAAGACCCUAAAAAUGGAGCAGUUAUUCGGGAAAUGAUCACAGAGCACCGCAAGAAGAUCGACGCGGUGACGGAACAGGCUCAUGAAAGACUAGCACAGCUGUACAAAGAAAGAGCAUCGCUCAUUUCUUCCGAAGAUAUCCAUACUGGUUUCGACAAAGGCUUCGUCAACAAAAAAUCGGAACAAGACGAGGCAGCGAGCAAAUACUUGCCCGCAGAUAAGACCACAAGUCAAUCCACCAUCUCGUUGCCUCCUCCACCUCUUCAAUUCAUCAGCUACGAGGACGACGUCAUGAAACUGGCUCCAGAAACUGUUCAGUUUGGAAAUAUAUCGACAAAUGACAUACAAAAAUCAGAGCAAUUCUUGCUGGCCAAUCUCCCUAUUAUCUCUGAGCAACAAAAAGAUGCUCUCAUGAUGACAGCAUUCGAGCAGCAAAUGGAGGGUCAAACUGAAAAAGCAUAUCAAGUCAUUCAUCAAUCGGAACUUCUUGGCUAUGUCAAGGAAAUGUACGACAUGAAGAAAAUUCCUCAUUUGCAACCAGACGAACUUUCAGCGAUCAUCAAAAUGUUCUUUCAGAGGGUUCUCUACAACAAAGUCAACGAUCAAGGCAAGAAGUCAUUUUUGGACUCUGUGAAGGCAAAAUUCGAGCACGUCAAAAAGCGCGUCAAAGUCAUGGAAGAGGAAGAAACGGAAGAAGGUGUGGAAACAAUUCAGCUUAAGUCGCUGAAUGAUUCUACUGAACUUCAAGUGAAUCUACCAGACUUUGGCUCCAAUGACCCUGAAGAAGUAAAGAGAAUACAAGCAUUCAAAAAGUUGCCCUCCAAAAUGCAAAAUGCCGUCAAGAGCCAAAGUUUAGAUAAAAUCAACGAGGUAUUCGCUGAAAUGCCAGUCGAAGAAGCUGAGGCUAUCUUGGACAUAUUUAACGAGGGGGGGGUAAUUGGAAUCAACGCUUUGUUGGAAGAUGAGAGCGAGUUUAAAGAGCUGCAAGCGCAGUACCAUAACCAGCCAUUAAACGAAGAGUAUGACGAAGGUCAUGUGGAACAGACGGAACAGGAGGCGGAGGACUUCAAUACAUCAGAUGUGGUUGACUGA